ACCAAUCAGAGACGGUCUCGCGUUCUGCUGCUAGCUUUAUAUUUCCGGGGCUGCUUCAGGAAUGUAAACUAUUCAACAUGGAGACAGUUGAUAAGCUGGAGGCGAUGUUCCAGAAAGCAGAAGCCGAUAUAGAAUAUGUGGAAAAACGGCUGAAAUUUGACUUCAUGGCCAAUGCGCGAGAAGCGGGUACAUUUGAGGGAAACCCCGUUCAGUUGCUGGAGAACCUGUCUGCGAUCAAAGCGCGGCAUGCGGCGCUGUGCACACAGGUGGAAGAGAUCGCGGCGGAGCAGAAACGAUCAAUGGACUCGAUACGAGCUCACCUGGACACCACCGUGCAGCUGGUUCAACAUCUGCAGGACACAGCAGAUGUGCAGGUUCCGCCGCUGACCAAAGAAGAACAAGAAGCGAGAGAUUUUCUCUGCUCAUCCGUUGCUGCAUUAAAUGUAGAGGCCGUGCCCACAGAAGAACCUCAACCUCAAGCACAGUCUGAAUCACAUAACACGUGUGACGAGGUGUCCGAGGUGACAUUUGAGACUGUCCCGAGAAGUGUACGUGGUAACUUGAAGCUGUCUGACCUCAACACGCUCUAUAAGCAGUUAUCGGAGUACUUCUCGGAUAAGAACAGGGUGCCAAUAAGCACUCAGAGGAUGAAGAAGCUGAACAUGAAAGUCAGUGAUUCUGCUUUGAAGACUUUACAGCAUCUUAAACUCGUCGAGCUGGAUAAAAAAGGACUCGUGUCAUUGCUGGCAAAAGACUAAAAAACUGGGACAAAAUAGAUGCACAAAUCUUACCAAAACAUAAAUCAUCCAGUUCCUUCCACCUCUGUGCUGAAGUAAAACCCUUCUUGCACUUUGACUGUAUCAACCGUUUAGAACAGGAAUAACAGUGACUUUUUUUUUUUAAACCCUAUUUCCACUGCAUAAUGUUAUGCAGCCAUUAUUAAAUUAUAUCAUGACCAGUUGUGGAAUCAUUAGGUUUGUAAAAGGAAAAACUGUACAGCAUAAGAGUUUAUAUUUUUUUGUAAAGUGAACAUUUCAGAUCUCCGUAAAGCAGAGGAGGUUGUAUUUGAAUGGUAAGGUUGAGUGUAUUCACUUUUUUUUUUUUUUUUUUUUUUUUUUUAGAUUUACUGUUAAUUAAUUGAGUAUGCAAUAAAAUGUCUUUUUUAUGUGUUUCCUUUUUAUUUAAAAGAUACUGAAGCAACUAGACACUGGCAAUACAUUUUUUUUGUAAGAACAAGAGCAUCAUAACAUCAAAUAGAAUUUAAAAAUGUAUUGAAUCUAUUUGUUACAGCAACAUUAAAAGUUUUUAUUUGGAAAAUUUCCUUACAUUAAACAGUAAUGUCGACAUAAAGAACACAUGCCUUAAACAUCUAAAAUGGGAACAAUUCAGAUGCAGCACAUCAGGGUCCGUUCCUCUUUAACAGUGCAGUUUGACUGACUCUGGAAGUGUCUGCUCAAGAACUCUGCUAAUACAAAAUUAAACAAUGAAAUUACAAAAAAUAA